CUGCCUUGAGUGAAGUUUAAAACAUGUUGUAAUCAGCGGCAAAAAUGAUUAAAAAUCAUCACUGAAUACCAUCACUAAAUAUUGCUAACUAGUACAGUACUGAGAACAGUACUGAGAACAUGAUAGUGGGGUGGUUUUCAGCUCAUGGAUGGAAGAUUCAACAUGCCCUUGCCGAUUUGCACCAAUGUCAGCUUGUCUCCUGUGUGGUGCAUCAAAAGAUUCCACAGCAGAGACUCUUUUUCUUAGCAGUGCUGGGAUCCUUAAUGUCCUGUGGUCAUACAGCAGAUAUUCCCACAGCCGUACUGAUUGUGCAGCCACAAAAUCUUGUGUCCACAGGACAGAAUGUCACUCUGAUAUGUGUGAUUGAGCCUGGCGGUGACUGGAGAUAUAAAUGGUACAAAGACAUCUCAAAUCUAUUCUCUAAGACUAUGCAUAACAACAUCACAAUCAGCAUGUCUGCAGCUAAUGAAGCCUUGUACUGGUGCCAGGGAGAUGGUUCACCCAACUUCACUUCAUCUCCUAGCAACUCAGUUUACCUUAUUGAAAGGGCUGCUGAAGGCAUACACCGGUGCCAGGGAGAGGGUUCGUCCAACUUGACAUCUUCCAGUAACUCAGUUUGCAUUACUGGAAGGGGUCAACAAUCCAAUCAGUGCGCAGUGGGUGUGGUCACAGGGGUAGUGCUGGGAUCACUCUUCACAGCCUUCCUUUUUAAAAUUUGUCCAUAUUGCUUUCUAAAACUGAGAGCUCUGGGUGUUGCACCAAGGGCCCAAUCUACGGCUCCCUCUAGUGGGCAGGCUGAGAGAAGCACUCAUCGAGACCAGAAUUUGGCUGGAGUGAACCAUCAUGUCUAUGAAACCAUUGUAGAUGAUUGCACAGAAGGUGUAAGCAACAGCAACAAGUCAUUAAAUUAUGAGGCAAGAGGGCCAAAAACAGUGUAUGUCAAGUUGGAAAAGCCCAAAUCUACAACUUCAUAUGAAGCCAGAGGCCCACAAACAGUGUAUGUGAAGCUGGCACCACCCAGGACCGCAGCUCAAUGUAGAGCCGCCUCCCUUCUGCCCACCCACUUUCAAGUUGACUGAAGUACUCAAUACUGAGGAGCAAUACUUCUGCAGAAGCCAAUUAUGGAGGGGCACAACUUUUAAUAUUUUCUUUAAAUAUGAAUAUGACCCAUUUUAUUGUGAAAUUAGCUUGUUUAUCUGUGUUCAUUACUUUUUUACUUUGUCUUUGUCACCUGGUGUACAUGGUCUGUCUUUUUCUUUCUUCCACAUUCUCCAAUGACCCAUGGCCUGCAGUGUUUGUGUAGGCUCAUAUAAUAAGAGGUUUUAGUACAUAAUUUAGUACACUGACGAUGGCUUAGGCUAAAAUGUGUCUGUGGACAUGGCAUUAAUCCAUAAAUAAGUAAUGAGAAAAAAACUGAGUCUGGUUUUUCUACUCUAAUUUAAAAGUCACUUUAUAACUCGCACCCGAAAUUGCUCUCAGAUUGGAAGUUGAGCGCGCCUGUUCUCACUAGUACAUAAUUAGAGACACUCAUCUCAAUUUAUAAUCAAUAUUCACUCAUUUGUAUACAUAAAAUUAGUACAUUAGAAGAUUGACACCUUCUUUGUUAAAGAUAAAUGCACAUAAGAUUGAUUUCUAUAUUUCAUACAGCAAGAGACGCUGAAUGCUUAAAGGAGGUUUUGGUCUAUUUGUCAAGAAAACCUUUCUUUAAAAUUGUCCUCUGUUAUAUGAAGGAGAGUGCUCAAAAGAGGAUUGUUCUAUAGCUCGUCUCAAAGCGAGCAAAAACUAAAGCUAUAGUCUAAAUUCUGAGGUCUGCGGAGCCGCCAACAAAGGGUUCUAUCUUUUUAUUUAUACUCCCUUUGACCGGAUGCAUUUCCUUUUUGAGAGCUGCCUGCAUCUGGGGCGCCUGUCACCGUGAGGUGAAGGUAAAACGGUUGAAACUUUGGCCUGAACUUGUGGUUAGUUUCAAACUACAGUUUUUACUUCCUCUUUUUGUGUCAGGCAAAGUUCUUACAGUACAUCUAGUCUAUCAAACUAGUCUGUCAGCACACAACUUCAAACCUAUC